AUGGGCGCAAUAAAAGGGGUUUCCAGUAUUCUUAAUCGGUUCAGGCCCCAAACGCACGUGAACACCCUCGACUCAAAUCGAGGAUGUCCUCCCAUCGCGCUUCAAACGAAUGAGUCCCGACCUCGUGACGGCCCUUCCCCUUCGAAACGCCGAAAAACUCUCACCGACCAUUCAGCCCGAGGCCCAGAUGAAGAAAUAUCCGAGAUCGAACACGACCAGGCAUCAUGGAGGGAGCCUCAAGGCAGCCAGGCAAGCUUGGCGCACUCUGUGUCUCCUGGAAUUCCCGAGUACCAGACCGUUGAGGCAGCCGGAAAGGGUGCUGGCCGUUCUAACCGCCGCAGCCGCCGCCCGAAACCAGCCACUUCUUUAGCGGCAACCGGCUCCGAAACUGGACCAGGACCAUCUCGUCAACCGGAGGAGGAUAUUGAGAGCUUUGAUGAGUUGGCACCGGCACCGAGGCCCUCUAAAGAUCGGCAGCGGACCGCUCGUCUGGUUGCCACAGGCAGAACAACAUCAGACAUAUCGAUUUCUGACCCAGCCGAUGCCCACAUCCUUCGGGGAGCCACCCGACCAUCUGCCAAUCGUUUCCGGAACUCUACCAACCGCGCCAACAAACGGUCAGCGAUCAGUGCCAACGAUCAGAAGGAUGAGAUGAUUGAGGUCGACGGUGAUGAGGGUGAUGAGGGUGAUCCCACUGGUGGAUCUGUUACCGAGGACCAGAAACAGAAACCAUCAAGCGCAAAGAAGGUCACCGUAGCUGACAGUACUGGCGCUGUGAUCUAUGGCGCUGUGUGUGAACCAUACUACCAUUGCCCACUCCCCAGUGACAGCAAACAAUAUCGUCUUCACAAAACCGGGGCUGGGGAGCUCAGGGUUCGCGAGAUCUCUGGCGAAUCGACCGAGAGGUACGAUUGGCUUAAGAUCACGGAAAAAGCAAAAAGUUUGGCGUACAACCCACAGUGUGACGUUGUGAGGGUCUUUUCAGCAGCGGAGAACGGGGGAAUGAUUAGAGGUGGCAUGGUUAUCAAAUUCACCGAGACCUCGGGGGCCAUGAUGGUUGCCAACUGGGCACAGGAACAUCUCCCAUUGACCAAAGUGGUUGAGAUGUCAAGGGAAAAAUUAUGCGAUAUCUGGUCGAGGGCGCUUAAGACCGUUACCGACAGGUAUCCCGAGUUCAGGGCGGCGUUGGAACAACGGGCGCACAAUUCACCCGAGGCUAUAAGUGCUAACCAAAGGAGAAACCUCCAGUCCGAGAGCGAGGUCACUGAAGAAAGGGAGAAUCGGCAAGGCGCUGUGGCAACAGUCUCUCGAACCCCCAUUCGGCAGCAGAUGCAGGUUUCACCCAACAAUUCAACGGACCCCCUUGCCCAAGGCAAUGAUGCCAAGGGCGGCCCUGUGCAAGAGCCCACCCGGGGGUCACGGUCUUUGAGGUCGACCCAGCGCGCCGCUGGAAAUGCGGAUGUCGAGGAACCCGCUCCAAAUUCUCGGCCGCACUACCGCUGGUCGUACGCAAACCGUGAUUGGGCGACCGACUGGAAGAUGCCGCUGAUGGUGCGGCGCACGACUGUGGAUAAAGACGACAUUCCCAGACUGGAUGAAGGGGAGUGCCUGAACGACAACAUCAUCGGAUAUGGCCUACGAUACACCAUCGAGGCUUUAUCUCGGGACGAUGCCGAUCUGCCCAAGCGUGUCUACAUGCACAACUCGUUCUUUUACGAGAAACUCAAGGCACCAAGGGGUGAGAUCAACUAUGAUGGUGUGAAGAACUGGACAGCAAAGGUGGAUUUGCUAUCCUACGAUUUCAUUGUCGUCCCUGUCAAUGAGAACUACCACUGGUGGGUGGCCAUCAUCUGUAACCCGGGAAGGCUAGACCCGGAUGUCAGAAAGGACGCCGACAAGAGCGACGGAUCCCCCACAGCCACCAAGGGCCCCAAAGAACUGCCGGCCUCUGAUGAUGUGGAAAUGCCUGACGCUCCGGAGCCCCGGUCCUCCCAAUCACGGCAGUCUCCCGGACCCGAUGACCUCCCGCCUAUGGUCAAGUCGGAUCUCAUUGAUUUAGUUGCUGACACCAACGAUAUCGGCAACAACGUCGGCAGCUCCCCUUCACGAGCUCGAUCUAAGAAGUCGAGGAAGAGCAAAGGGCCGCCGCCGAGGAUCUAUGAUCCCAAAGACCCCAGGAUCAUUACCCUUGACUCCUUGGGGUCAGCCCAUCCUCUCGCUGUGGGUCACCUUAAGAAGUACCUUCUUGCCGAGUUUGAAGACAAGCGCAACAAGGUGAUCACCGACAUACCACAACAGAUCGGGAUGAAGGCCGUGAACAUCCCAGUCCAGAACAACUUGUGUGACUGUGGCGUUUAUCUUCUCGGAUAUAUCCACGAGUUUCUUAGGAAUCCAGACGGCUUUGUCCGGGAGCUUCUCAAGCGGGAGAAGCUCGAAUGGGAUUUCAACCCCUCCGGGCUACGCAUUACAUGGCGUGACAUUAUUCUCCGGGAGCAGCAGGAGUACCAGAAAGAGCAGCUCCGGCUGAGGGCAAAGAAAAAGAGGCCACGAACCACAGAAGUGAGCCAAACGCCAAAGCCGGAGACAGGACCGAGCCAGCCACAGCCAGCUGUUGGCCCUUCCAAGGGCUCAAAUGGCGUUGGCAUGAAUGGGCCUGAUUCCACAUCGGCGCAGCCGGGCAUGCCACAGGAUGGCAAGGGGAAAUCACUGCCUUCCGUGCCGGCCUCGGUCUCUGCCCACCCGUCGCCGAAUUCUCCACGGCCCCGGCACAGGGGUGAACUUCCCGAUCCAGAGACCCCACUCCCCUCUAAGGAGGUUGAAAAUUCCCGGCCCUUGGCCGCUUCAAAGGCCGCCCUCCCCUUUGCAAAGUCUCCUGAGAUCGUUGAGCUUCGAUCGAUAUCCAAGCGCCCUCAAACUGUCUAUAUCUCGCAGGAUAUGGACUACACCAAGGGCUACCUGUCGCUGAAGGACAAGAACAGGAAUGGCCAUGACCACGAUGAUGAUGAUGACGACGAUGACACACCCCAGUUCAUCGGCCAGCUCCCCGUCUCGUCAUCACCGUCACCUUUGGAGCGGGCCUCUGCUGCCUAUGACCCCGGCAAAAUGAAGCCUGGCAUCGGCGCGCAGCCAAGCUCGUUCUACGCAGCUUCCCGCACCGCUGGACCCUCCGCCCGUCCAAAGUCAUCGUCGUCGUUCCGGUCCAAGCACAACGACUACUCCCCACCCGUCGCAGCGACGAACACGCCCUCCGCAGCCACUCGCCGAGCCCACCAGCAGGCCCAGCCGCAGUCACAUUCCCGGCCGCAACAACAACCCCCGUCGCGGACACCCGGUCCGGUUCGGACUAAGAAUCGCAGUUACGCCGAGAGCCUGAUCAAAACUCCGUCGACGUAUGCGCAGCAGCAGAAGCAGAAUCAGAAUCACCCUGUCCAGCAGACGCCAGCGCAGAAGCAUGCCCAGAUGCAGGAUGAAGUCAGGGCGCGGGCGCGGGAGAGGCUGAGUGCGAAGAAAUCUUCUUCGAGCCAUGGGAAGCGUGGGUUGGGACAGACGCAGGCACAAGCACAGACACCGCGGGGACAAGAGCCGCAGAGUCAUCAACAGCAGCACACCACGGGCCGGUUUGUCGUCGAUGAUAUUGAUGAUGAUGAGGAGCUUAGUGAUGGCCUUCUUUACGACGACAAUGACGAUGGGACCGUCGUUUAUCAGAAGAUUACUUUUACUCCCACUCCGAGUCCGCCCGAUCGUCCUGCUGCUGCUACGGAGGAUGAUUUGGAUGCGGUGGUGGAGACGGCUGAGGUCGUGAGGGCCGAGGUUUUGAGGGAUGACUCCCCGAUUGAGGUCGAUGGUGAAUGA